GUAGGUGAAGUGGAGUGUGUAGUGGAGUAGGUGAAGGUAAAGAUGGGAAAUUCUAACAUAUUCAACUGGGAAACCAAGUAGUAAAUGACAUGAACCGACUGUCUGCAAUGGAGCAAGCACUCAUAACCUGGGGUCGUUGGGUGGACUCCAAUGUUGUUUCUAACAAAACUCUGGUUUUCUUUCAAAGAGUUUCUCCAAUUCAUUACAAAUGUGAUGGUCGUACGGUAUUGAAGAGACAUCAUUUUUGUGGGGGACUCUAUGAAUCGAAACCAGUGGCAGUCACUAAUAUGCAUGCUCUACACCACAACACCCACAUUGAAAUACACACAACAUAAAAUCAAUACCAUCUCUACAUUCACUUUCACGGAUUAUAAGCUUAAAGUAAUGUACAAUCAAAGCCUGUUUUUGGUGGAUGUGGUAAGGGAGAAUACGGACAAAAUCUUGAAACUCAACUCAAUUCAAGGUGGGAGGAAAUGGAUAGGAAUAGACAUGCUCAUCUUCAACAUUUGGUAUUGGUGGUACCGCAGAGGAGUUACCCAACCAUGGGAUUAUAUUCAACUGGGAAACCCAGUAGUAAAUGACAUGAACCGACUGUAUGCAAUGGAGCAAGCACUCAUAGCCUGGGGUCGUUGGGUGGACACCAAUGUUGUUUCUAACAAAACUCUGGUUUUCUUUCAAGGAGUUUCUCCAAUUCCUUACAUUGGUUCAGAAUGGAAGGAACCAAAAGCAAACUCCUGCAAGGGCCAAAUGAAACCGGUGUCGGGAUCAACAUAUCCAAGGCAGUUGCCACCGGCCAUGGCCGUCAUGAAGGAGGUGUUGAGGGGGAUUAGAAUGCCAGUCACUUUGCUUGAUGUAACGCUCCUCUUGCAGUUACGAAAAGAUGGUCACCCUUCCAUUUACGGAGGAAGUGGCCCAAGGGUAAUGGAUUGCACCCUUUGGUGGAGUCCCUGAUACUUCGAACCAGAUCCUUUACAAUCUUAUUUUCAAAAAACGUUGAGCCAAUGCAUUUUGAGUUGUAUAUUUAUUUUGAAUAUGUAUUUAAAAAAUUAUACCUUAAAAAAAAACUAAGAUACAAACUUAUAUAAUUUAAAAUAUUCUUAAAAAUAGAUUCUAAGAUUUUAUUACUUCUUUAUAUUGCAGGAUUAUCAAGUCAAUGUGAUGUACGAUCACAAUUCAUAAGAGAGAAUAAGAGCAGAGUAUUAAAACUUGACGCCACUGAGGGUAGCCAGAAAUGGAUAGAAUGAACAUGCAUAUGUUCAACACAAGGCAAUGGUGUAUAAAAAGGGGGAGCCAUAGUAAAAUUAUCUACUAAACAACAGGCUCGAAUAUGGGCAACACUGUAACCAAAUGCCUCUACAAUAAAAAUAAAAACAUGAACAAGAAGCCAUUUAUUGUGGCAAGGGAGCCAAAUAAUGAAAAGGAACCCCAUACGAGCAAAAAAAA